ACUCGCCGUCGCCGCACACCUCGCCCCGCCAUGCCGGCCGCCUCGCGCAAGAGCACAAGCUCACCUGCACCUCCCGACAGCCGCUCGUCGAAGCGCGCUCGGCUCGACCUCCUCCCCGACAACCCGCUCCGCUUCCACCGCGAGCCGAGCGGCACCGUCCAAAUCUCGACCUGGAACGUCGCUGGCCUCGUCAGCUGCAACGCCGAGAAGUGGCAGUUCGGCCUGCGCAAGUACAUCGAGGCCGAAGACGCCCAAAUCGUCGCCUUCACCGAGGUGAACCACAAGGACGCCGCCGUGUUCUUCGAGACCGACCCGGACUGGCAGUUCCUGCGCGACCGGUACCCGCAUCGCUACUGGCAGGGCCGCACCGCCAUCGUCAGCAAGAUACGUCCUGUCGCGCCGGCCAUCUUUGGAUUCCCCGACGGCAAGCAGUACGAUCCCGAGGACGGCCGAGCAAGCACGCUUCCACGCACACUUCGUCCUCGUCUGCAAGGGCUCGGACCGCCCUCGCCUCGUUCUCGCUCUCUCGGUCCUCCUCAAGCUGAGUCCCUCCUUCUCUCUCUAUCUUCUUUCUUUCUCUUCGAACGUCGCUGCCUUUCUCUCUCUCGCUCGCAGACCCUCUCGACAUCUCGUCGUUCGCCUCGCCGGCAACUCCGAGACACGGCGGAGGUUCAGCGAGAGAUCUUGGAGGCGGUCGUGCAGUAGCUCUCCCUCUUCUCUAGCGAUCCCCCUCCCCUUUCGCUCAACGGAAUACACCCGAAUCACUGU